AGCACGGCGGGGGAGGGCUGUGCGGCAUAGACCCGGCGCGGUGGAGCCCUGCCCGGCCAGGCCCCGCUGGAAACCCCGGUCUCGGAGUCGUUGCUGCCCCGAGCGGGGCUGGAGCCUCACAGCGGCAACAUGGCUGUUGAUUUGGAAGAUGGAGACGACCGAUUUCAGCACAGUGCUAACUCUGCAUAUAAACCAGUGAAUACCUCUUUCCAAGAAGAAGAGCCUCUGAUUGAGGAGCCAGUGGGGAACAGAUACAGUCUGCAAAAGCCGAAGGAUCACUUAAAUGGCGCCUAUGUUAUUUUUUUCAUCCUGGGUAUUGGCUCUCUGUUGCCUUGGAACUUUUUUAUCACAGCAAAACAAUACUGGAUAUAUAAACUUCAGAACUGCUCCAAUCAGCAGGAGCCGAAGGGACAUGGAGUCUCUGAUCUCCGUGACUACUUUGAAAGUUACAUUUCCAUUGCCUCAACUGUGCCUUCAGUGCUCUGCCUGAUUGGAAACUUUGUGCUAGUCAACAGGGUAUCUGCCAGCAUCCGCAUUCUGUCCUCCUUGGCUGUCAUGCUGGCUGUCUUCGUGGUGAUCACUGUGCUGGUGAAAAUGGACACAUCCACAUGGACACAGCGUUUUUUUGUCAUAACCAUAGUUUGCGUGGUUAUAGUCAGCAGUGCCUCGACCAUCUUCUCCAGCAGCAUCUUUGGCCUGACAGGCUGUUUCCCCAUGAAGAAUUCGCAGGCGUUGAUUUCAGGUCAGGCCAUGGGAGGCACAGUCAGUGCUGUGGCAUCGGUGGUAGACCUGGCAGCAGCAGCUGAUGUUACAGACAGCGCCUUGGCCUACUUUCUGACAGCAGAUGUCUUCAUCAUUGUCUGCAUUGUGGUAUACCUGAUUCUUCCCAAGUUGGAAUACUCCAGGUAUUAUAUGAGAAGCCACAAGGGUAGCACACACCCAGCUGGUGUAUUGCCUAGCAGUUAUUUAGAGGGAGUGGAUGAGUCAAAAGGCAUCACCACCAGCUCAUUUCCAGCCAAAGCGACCAGUGACCAAAAUAUCCCACCCCUACGUCCUAUCCUGAAGAAGACCGCUGUCCUGGGCUUCUGUGUCUUCUAUGUCUUUUUCAUCUCUAUCAUCAUAUUUCCUUCCAUCUCCUCCAGCAUAGAAUCUGUCAACAAGGACUCGGGGAGCUUAUGGACCAAUAAGUACUUCAUCCCCCUCACCAGUUUCCUUUUGUACAAUUUUGCUGACUGGUGUGGCCGGCAAAUCACCGCCUGGAUCCAGGCCCCUGGCCCAAAGAGCAAACUGCUCCCUGCUCUGGUCCUCCUAAGGACUUUGUCACUACCCCUGUUCAUGUUAUGUAACUAUCAGCCUCGGAGCCAUAUCAAAAUGGUAAUCUUCAACAAAGAUGUCUACCCGGCUGUCUUCAUUGUGCUCUUAGGACUCAGCAAUGGUUACCUGGGUACCUUAGCUAUCAUCUAUGGCCCCAAGAUCUUGCCCAAAGAGUUGGCAGAGGCAACAGGGGUGGUGAUGACAUUUUACCUGACGUUAGGAUUGGCGUUGGGAUCUGCCUGCUCAAUUCUUUUGGUCCAUCUAAUAUAGAAGAGAGGUGGGAGGGUGAGGGUGUUACCAGCAUCUUGGGCAGCACCAGAUUGAGGCCACCAGCAGUUGGCUGAAGAACCUGCUCCUUUCCCCAGGGAAUCUAUGAAGUUACAUUCCUGAACCUCUGAUCCUGAUCAGGUGUAGUGGGGCUCGGAAAUCAAGCUCCUGAAAAGCAAGAGGGCAGGAAAGUUGAGGGAAAGCAGCGGAGUUACUUGCUGAACCUGAAAGUCAGGUGAAAUGCAUCCCUCAUUAAGAAGCUCAUAAAAGGAGUGCCUAGCUAAUAUGGGGAGAAACAAAGCAUCUGCGGAGAUUCUCUAGGCUCAAAAAGGAGCUUGAUAUGUAUUCUAUUCAUCGCUGUCACCGUGUCUGUUAUCAUUUUGGUCUUAUAUUAACUAUUUGCUGGAUUCCCAAGCAAGAAGGCUGACUAAACUGGUUCAAGUUACUACUAACGGUAGAGGUGAACUAAUAAUGAGUUUUGUAAAAGAACACAAACAAAUAAACAAGCGCCCCCCUCCCCCAUGGUUUGUGGGAAGUUCCCACGGACUGUGUCAAAGGGGGUUAGUCCAGAAUGCCAGUUGUGAUGGUGUGAAAGCUUCAUCUCCAGGAACAACUCAUUAGGUCUAGUGGAUGUGCACCAAAUGUUGCUCUUUUCCUUCCACCCACAGUUAUGCCUUCUUUCAUAUAUCUGCUGGACCCAACAUUGCAAGACCUAACAUUUUCAGAUGCUUCAGUAAGCCCCACUAUUUUCUGCUGGACAAUUUAAAAGGACACUCUUGGAGGAUUUGUAAUUGUUUUAUUACUGAAUUAAUGCUGUGGGACCUUGAAAAUGAAAAUGAAAUCUAUUUCCCUGUGGAAUACUUCCCUCGUAUGAUGUACAUAAACACUGCUUUGUUAUUUAGGAUUGCUUAUUACAGCUGACAUUGGGUAAGUGUAUAAAUUUUAAUGCUGUUUGUAUGUGUAUGAUGUGGAACGAAGCAGUGAAGUGUUCUUCUUGGGAAAAACCACAGCAAAGUACAAUACUUGGAUUUUAUACACUUUUUCUAAGACAACGAAAAACUGUGAAUAUUGGGCAUAACUUCCUAACAAUGAGGUCUAUCAGACUGUGGAAUAGUUUCCUUAGGGAUAGAGUGGAAACACCACUGCCUGCGUCAUUCCAAAUUAGACUGGGCAAAGCAUUGAUAGGGGGAUGUCCUAGAUCUUCUCACUCUUAACUGCAUAUACUAUUGGAGAGUGGGGUAAUACUUUGUGCUUUACUAUACUUGACAACAGCCCUUUUCUGUGACUAGCAUAAUAGAAUGAUUAGCGGCUUAAUUGUGUGUUGUUGUUUUUUUUUUUUUUUUAAACUUCCUGUGCUGCUCUUUUUACCUAAAUCUUUGAACUGGUUCAUGUUGUGGCAACUUUCACAAAUUCAAGUGAAUGGACACUAAUGUUUUUUCUCAAACCUACCAAAUGGUGACCAAUUAAAUCUUAAACUGAAAAGGAUCCAGUAAUAAUAAAUUUUGCUGAUAUUUUUAAAAGUUCUACGAUGUGUGUUGAGAGGAGGAAAUUUUAUUAAAAAAAAAGAUUUAUUAGAGGGAGCGCUUUAUUAUGUUUACUAAAUUCACUGUAUGAAAAACAUUGAGACCCCAGUUAAUUCAAGUGGACUGGCUGUGAAGGAAGGGAAAGAUUACACUGAUGAUCUGGCAUUAGAUCUGUUAUCAGAAUAAGGAGAUGUUAUAAAGCAAAAAGAUUGUCUCCAAAUGGGAUGGCUUUUUAAAUUUAUCUAUGAAAUUUAGAUGAAGCACAAACUAAACUAAAUCUGUUUCUGAUUAUAUUUUUACUCUAAAAUUGGAUGGAUAUAUGCUGUAAAAGGAGAUUGAGUAGCAGCCUAAUUUUAUAAUUUGUCAUUACAAUUGAAUGCCUCUGGAGAAAAUAACCAUGGAAAAUGUUUCCGUCCCAGGAUUUGAUGUCUCAAGGAAUUGAAAGAGGAAUAUCAAACCUUUUGCUUCUAGAUAACUGUUUCAAAUUCACCCUCAGCUGGUAACUUCUUUAGAUUUUAGUCUCUCCUUUGAGUUCCUAAUGUGCCAGCGGUCAUGUGCCAAAAAACUGCCACCACAACUCGUUCUCAUGAUAGAGAUGCUAUGGGAUGAAAAGCCGUGGGAGUUAGAACUCGCCUAGAGUUAGUGCCGGUAAGUCAUAAGAUUUGUCAGGGUGACGUGGCCGCAUGCCAUGCUGCUGCCAAUGCAGGGCCAUUUCUGUGAUGGUUAUUUAAAGGCUUUCAGGCUUUGGGGUGGAUAGUUAAGAAUUAAAACUUGAAAGAUAUAUUUAGUUUUUUUACUAUUUAACACUCGACAGAAUAUUAAUUGGAAAGUAAUGUGGCCUAGUUGCUGAAGCCAGUGCCCUGUGUUCUGGAGUCUCUUCCUUUUUUGUGGUCUGUGUGGGCAGUAACAGUAGAUGAUAAGGUUUUAAAAAUUGAAGUUCAGUUUUGAUAGCUAAGAGUUUCACAAAGUGUCUACCCACUGCUGGUUUUCAUUACUUUAUAUAGAGAAUAAUACAGGGCUAGCAUAUAACCUACCAUGAUUGACAGCAGUUAUUGAGACUGAACUAAGUGUUUUUUCAGUAUUUAGUCUGGGAUCAUGGGUAACACACAGUUCAGCUUUAUAGGUAAUUUUAAAACAUAAAAUCCAGACAUGAGUGGAAAAUUUACAGGGCAUGUGAUACAGAAGGAGAAGCUUUACAGAAUGUGACUUUGCAUGGCAUAGGCUUUAAAAAACUGAAAUGAAUACUGUCAUUUCACUAGGAACUAAUCCUUUGGCCUUCAUUGCGUGGAAAUAUAGUACAGCCUGGCCAAGGCUGAUACAUGUUUAGAUUCUAAAGGGUAGCUAAAUGACUAGAUGGUACAGUUUAAAUGCACUUCUACCACUGACAACCAUUCUGCAGAAGCCCAAGGCGCAGGUAUGUGUGUAAUAUUGUUUUAAACCAAAAUAGGACUUGGUUCAUACUGGUGCUUGUCACCUCUGCAAUGUUGUGAAGAUUUAGGAGCCUUUGUGUGGUGUAGCAGGGUACUGCACUAGUCUCUCAUCACUGGAGAGCUGAACUCAAAUUCACUUUAACAGAUAAAGGCAUAAAGGUGACAUUUGUGGUCGUAACUAUUUCCCCCUAACAUUUUUGCCUAUAUCACAUAAGCCCUGUGCAAUAUCGGAUAAUUUUCAUUCUCUUUGCAGAAAAAAAACUGAGCCUGGAAUAGAACUGUGUUGGGAAAUAUAUGUACAUAACCUCCAUUCGGGGUAAGAUAUUUUAAAAAGAGGCUUAAACCCAGCAUCCAGUUUUAUACCUGCAGUCAAUUGUACAGACACAAACAAUGGCAUUAGCACUUCUAAUUAGCUGAUUGUAACUGCAGAUCAGGUAGAUGCCUAAAUACAGUCUCUUGUGUCUGCAAAUGUAAAGCCAUAAUUAAAAUAUUGCCUGUUGAUAGCUCUGGGCGGGGCUGAAUGUAACUGAUGAAGUGGGGUUUUUUUUACCUUGUUAUGUUGCAUGUGAGUCUUACUGUCCUGUACUAAUACUGUGUGUAUCUCAGUUUCCCUGUGUACUGCACCAUUGCGUAGGUGGUGGGAAUUGGGUGCUUGACUUUUGCGGAGGCCCUCGAGGCAGGUGAGGCUGCCCAGCUGCCUGCAUGGAGGUGAUGGUUGAUGCCUUUCGUAACCUGAGAACCAGGAAAGGAAUACAACCAGGUGACAUUUUGCCCAGGAAGCAGGACAAAGAGCGGAGGAGGAGCAACGGGCAUGUCGGAGGCCAGGCAGCAGGGUCCAUGGCAGUCUGCUGUGGGGAACUGGAAGAGGGGGAGUCCAGGCCGUCUGACCCAGGGAUCCCCCAAGAUGGACUUGGCUAAAACUCACUGAUUUCAGUGCUAACAAGUUCUGUUCUAUGCUGUGUACCUGUCAACUAAUAAACCUUCCGUUUUACAAUGCUG